CUCUUUCCCUCUCUGUAGAAUACUAUGGAGGGAUGGGGGAGAUAGAAAGAGGCCUUUUGAAGACUCUUCUCUCUGUCUCAUGUUGAUCAUGCCCUGUCAAAGCAGCUGCAUUCCUAGAUGUUCAUUAACGCAAGGGACUGCAAACCCCCUCUUCUCUCUUCCAUCUCUUCCCCAUGUCAUGUUCACCUUCUCACUGGACCCAUAACUCCACUCCCUCCCUCAGCUUCACAACCUCUGCCUACUACCACUUGAGAUGCUCACCUCAUUGAAUUCACAUACAGGAGGAGGAGGCAGUACACACCACCAACCCAGCCAUCAAAGCUCACCACAUGGACUUAUCUCCCCAUCAACCCAUUCCUCCCAGUUGCUGAUCAGCUGCGCCAAGCUCAUCCAUCGAGCUGACUACUCCGAUGCCCGCCGCAUCAUCUCCUUCCUCUCCACCAUCUCCUCUCCCCAUGGCGACUCCACCGACCGCCUCAUCCACCAAUUCACUCGUGCCCUCUCACUCCGCAUCGAUAACCUUACUCAUCUCCUCUCCCCCUCAUUAUUCUCAUCCAAUGGAGACACCCUCCAGUCCUCCUACCUCUCCCUAAACAAAGUCACACCCUUCCUCCGCUUCGCUCACCUGACUGCCAACCAGGCCAUUCUCGAGGCCAUUGAUGGCCGCCAAUCCAUCCACAUCCUUGACUUCAAUACCUUGCAUGGUGUGCAAUGGCCUCCUCUCUUACAAGCCAUUGCGGAACGUUCUGAUGAUCCCUCCAACCGGCCAUCCAUCCGCAUCACCGGCACCGGCGCCGACCUCGAUGUCCUCCACCGAACUGGCGACCGCCUCGAAGCAUUCGCCAACUCUUUAGGCCUCAGAUUCCAAUUCCAUCCCCUUUACCUCUCUACCACCAAUGUUGAUACUGGUGCUGGUCUUAGAUCUUUCCAACUGCACCCGGGCGAGACGCUGGCUGUGAAUUGCGUACUAUUCUUGCAUAAGCUUCUCAAGGACGGAAGCAGUACCGAUGAUCCUCCGUGCGAACUUAUGGCUUUCCUUCGUGCGGUCAAGGCGAUGAAGCCAGUGGUGGUGACAGUUGCUGAGAGGGAGGCUAACCACAACUCACCAGUAUUCUUGCAAAGGUUCAUGGAGGCAUUGGAUCACUACACGGCGGUUUUCGAGUCUCUGGAGGCUACACUGCCACCCAAGAGCCAGGAACGGCGAGAGGUGGAGGAAUUGUGGCUGGGGAGGGAGAUAGAAGACAUAGUCAGCAGGGAGGGGGAAGGAAGGAGGGAGAGGCAUGCGCGGUUCGAAUGGUGGGAGGGUCUGAUGAGGGAUAGGGGGUUCUCCAGCGUACAGCUGAGCCCUUUUGCGUUCUCGCAGGCAAAACUGCUGCUCCGGCUGCACUACCCUUCAGAAGGUUACCAGCUUCAGAUGUCAAAGAACUGCUUGUUUCUAGGUUGGCAGCACAAGCCCCUCUUCUCAGUCUCUUCUUGGAACUGAUGCAGCAAAGCCAGAAAGAACCCUAGUUGAUCUGCUCAUCAAUUUGUUAGCUUUGCAUAUGCCUCGUUCAUCCAUUUUCCAUUUUCUUUGGUGAGUUUUGCUUCUUUAAAUCAAGUGGGGUUUUCAGAUGGGAAACAAAAAAAAAAAAGGAAAACCCAACUAGAAAGGAGGGACCGAAAUAUAGAUACAAUAUUGAUAGGUUGAUAUAGCAUAAAUGGUGAGGUCUUUGCUCAAAGAACCCUAACCAUUAUGGUUCAACUCUACUUGAUGUUUCAUGAGCAUGAUGGUGCACAA